AUGUCCUCCUCGCCCAUGCCCGUCCGAAACGCCCGCACGCCUGAUGGCCAGUUCCCCAGCCUGCAGCUCGCCGCCGGCCGCAGCGCCCGCGACUGCGAGACAGCAGCACCACGGCACCGCACGCGCCCCGCCGGGUCCGCACCGCCAGCUCCGCCAGCACCGCCAGCAGCGUGCAGCGCCCGCGGCGAUCGACGAUCUGACGUCUGUGUCGCCGAGCCCGCCGCGCACUGGCCCCUCGCUGCAGCACGCACGCGCAUGGCCGGCCGCAGGGCACAGGCUAAAGGGCCGAACCGCGACAAGUCCACUGCGACUGAUGAGAUCCGCACGUCGCAGCUGCUGGUGUGUGGUGGGUGGACCGACCGACCGCGCGAGCGCGCCAUCAAGCCGCGCCUGCCCCAGUUCCCCCCCCCGCCGUCCGCCGCCGAGCGCCUGCGCGUCCAAUCGCCUCUCGAGCCGUGCCAGCCCUCGUCCGCCGCCCACUGGAACCACCGACUGCGGUGCGCGGCUGCCAUGCCAUGCCAUGUCCGCCGCCGCCGCCAGCCUUGA